CUUUCUCCAGUUCCCAAUUUCCCAUGAUUCAACACUUCCCGUGUCUAGAAUCACUAGAUCUGGUUCGCACUCCGGUUUCCAAGUCUACCAGGCAUUUCGUCGAACAGUAUGAUGACGAGAAUUCCUUCGACUAUGAACGGAUCGGCCCAAAAACCUCACGACGAUGACGAAACCACCGCAUCCUCCCCAACCCUCUCCUCCUCCAUAAGCUUCGGCUCGCCGGAAGCUCUGGACCACGUCCGCAACCUAACAGACGUCGCCGCAAUGACGCGGCUCCUCCACGAGUGCAUCGCCUACCAGCGAGCGCUGGACGACGAGCUCGACAAUCUCCUCGCCCAGCGGAGCGAUCUCGACAAGCAGCUCGUCCACCUCCAGAAAUCGGCCGAGGUUCUCGAGAUUGUCAAGGCCGAUUCUGACUACAUGCUCAGCAAUGUUGGCUCCACCUGCGACCUCGCUGACCACGUCAGCGCCAAGGUUCGGGAGCUGGACCUGGCUCAGUCGCGAGUGAACACUACCGUGCUGCGGAUCGACGCCAUUGUCGAGAGAGGGAAUUGCAUCGACGGAGUGAAGAACGCUCUGGAGUCGGAGGAUUACGAGUCGGCCGCCAAGUAUGUGCAGACGUUCCUUCAGAUUGAUGCCAAGUACAAAGACUCCGGAUCCGAGCAGAGAGAUCAGUUGCUGGCUUCCAAGAAGCAGCUUGAAGGGAUUGUGAGGAAGCGGCUCGCUGCUGCAGUGGAUCAGCGGGAUCAUCCCACGAUUCUGAGGUUCAUUCGGCUGUAUUCGCCUCUGGGAUUGGAGGAGGAAGGGUUGCAGGUUUACGUAGGGUAUUUGAAGAAGGUAAUUUCUAUGAGAUCACGGCUUGAAUUUGAGCACUUGGUGGAGUUGAUGGAGCAGGGGCAUGCUCAGAAUCAGGUUGAUUUUGUUGGUUGUUUGACGAACUUGUUUAAAGACAUUGUUUUAGCCAUAGAAGAGAACGAUGAAAUAUUGAGGAGUCUCUGUGGAGAAGAUGGGAUUGUUUACGCGAUUUGUGAAUUGCAAGAAGAGUGUGAUUCUAGGGGUUCCCUCAUUUUGAAGAAAUAUAUGGAAUACAGGAAAUUGGCCAAGUUAGCAUCAGAGAUCAAUGCCCAAAACAAGAACUUGCUUGCUGUUGGAGGGCCAGAAGGCCCUGAUCCUAGAGAGGUUGAAUUGUACUUGCAGGAGAUUCUGUCGUUGAUGCAAAUAGGUGAAGAUUACACGGAAUUUAUGGUUUCUAAGAUUAAAGCAUUGAGUUCAGUUGAUCCGGAGUUGGUACCAAGAGCCACAAAGUCUUUCAGGAGUGGGAGCUUCAGCAAAGUUGUCCAAGACAUUACUGGCUUUUAUGUGAUUUUGGAAGGGUUCUUUAUGGUUGAAAAUGUUAGGAAAGCCAUUCGGAUUGAUGAGCAAGUACCUGAUAGCCUUACCACUUCGAUGGUGGAUGAUGUGUUCUAUGUUCUGCAGAGUUGCUUGAGAAGAGCAAUUUCCACUUCAAACAUUAGCUCAGUGAUUGCUGUCCUUAGUGGCGCAGGUAGUUUGUUGAGCAACGAAUACCAAGAAGCUUUGCAGCAGAAAAUGAGGGAGCCAAACCUUGGGGCAAAAUUGUUUUUGGGCGGGGUUGGUGUGCAAAAGACUGGGACAGAUAUCGCAACCGCUUUAAAUAAUGUGGAUGUCAGCAGUGAGUAUGUCCUGAAGCUGAAGCAUGAAAUCGAGGAGCAAUGUGCCGAGGCAUUUCCGGCCCCAGCUGAUAGAGAAAAGGUGAAAUCGUGCUUGUCUGAAAUGGGCGAUGUCAGCAUUACCUUCAAGCAGUCCCUCGGUGCUGGGAUGGAGCAGCUUGUCUCGACCGUGACUCCCCGAAUCCGCCCACUACUAGAUGGCGUAGCAACCAUCAGCUACGAGCUGUCAGAAGCAGAAUACGCAGACAACGAAGUGAACGACCCGUGGGUUCAGAGGCUCCUCCACUCGGUCGAGACGAACGUGUCGUGGCUUCAGCCUCUAAUGACCGCAAACAACUACGAUCUGUUUGUGCAUUUGGUCAUCGACUUCAUCGUCAAGAGGCUGGAAGUGAUCAUGAUGCAGAAGAGGUUCAGCCAGCUCGGGGGCCUUCAGCUCGACAGAGAUGUAAGGGCUUUAGUGACUCACUUCUCCGCCAUGACUCAGAGGACCAUCAGAGACAAGUUCGCCCGCCUUACCCAGAUGGCGACCAUCCUCAACUUGGAGAAGGUGUCCGAGAUCCUCGACUUCUGGGGAGAGAACUCGGGUCCCAUGACCUGGAGGCUGACCCCUGCAGAGGUUAGAAGGGUGUUGGGUCUUAGGGUUGAUUUCAAAGCAGAAGCAAUUUCUGCUCUCAAGUUGUAGAAUGGCAUCAUGUUGGUUUGUUAUGUGUACUCUUUCUUCCCCCUUCCUGAAGCUUGCAUGGGUGGAUAGUAGGUGUUGAAUGUAAAAUCAAUUGAGAAGUUUCUUUUUUCAUGAACUGCACUACAUAAGUAAUUGGAGGACUCAUUCAUUCAAA